AAAAAAAAAAAAAAAAAAUGAUGUUUUCUUCUGCCUUCCAAUUCCGCAUACAUCAAACCUCAAUUGAGGUCAAAAGAUUAACAAAAACUUGUUACUCUUGAAUAAUGCUUCUUCUUCUUCUUCUUCUUCUUCUUCUUUUUAACUAAAUUUUUUUUAUGACUGUGAAACACUAACCUAAUGCUAAUUGUAAGAUGAAGAAAACAGCAAAAAGGCGGUUGCAGUUUUUCCGGAAGGGCAGUUUGGUCAAAACAAUUUCGAAAUAAAAUAUAUAGAGCCGUUGGGUUUAAGACGACAUAGAGUUAUAACUAACGCUACUGUUCAUUCAAUCCAUAAUAUCCGUUCCUCCCAUCAAUUAAUUCUCUGUUGUUAUUACAAUUUCUGAAUUAUCGGCAAUCUCAUCUGAGUGCCGCCAAUCGCUCGGCGCCGCCGUUUUCACCACCAUCAUUGAUCAGCCGCAAAUUUCUCCGCUCUUUAUUUUCUGGUUUCCUUUUCCUCGAUUGCGAGAAGAAUUGGGGAAUUUUCCGUUUCAUUUGACUUCGAUUCUUCGUUCUUUUGCAGGUGUUCUUUCUCCGCUUCGCUUUUCUGUCCUGUUUGAGGCUUCUUUCUCUGUCUGGGAUUCGUUCUGUAAGGCGUGAUUCUGGUUUGUGCGUGAAGUGAAGUCUUUGUAUUAGGGAAAUGGAGGCGGAAACACCGUCGGAGGGCUUGAUAACGCCAUCUCCAAGCCCAUCCUCGUCCUCCUCCUCUAUCAAGAGAAGAUGCCUUUGCCCUGUUCAGAAAACGCUAUUCCGAAGGAAAACUUCUCGGGAAAACGUAAUCUUCAAAACCCUAUUGGAUAGAUUUAUCCCAAAUCGGUCUGCAAUGGACUUCGAUUAUGCUCAUUACAUGUUGACUGAAGGUAGGAAAGUUGAAGAGAAUCCGAAAAGUACUGAAACCUACACUUCUCCCUCCAAACAGGCCUACCGUAAAGUCCUUGCAGAAACCUUCAACAUGAACAGGUCCAGGAUCCUUGCUUUCAAGAACAAGGCCCCCACCCCUGUUGACCUUUUCCCGACCGGGUACCUCUCUGCAGAUACUGCUACUACUACUAGUGAUUUACAGAAGCCUGUCAAACCCCGCCGUUCCAUCCCUCAGUCUUCUGAGAGAACGCUCGAUGCUCCGGAUAUUUUAGAUGAUUUCUACUUGAAUUUAUUAGACUGGGGCUCCAGCAAUGUACUCUCAAUAGCUCUUGGAAAUACUAUCUAUUUGUGGGAUGCAUCUAAUGGUGCUGCCUCAGAACUUGUCACAAUUGAUGAUGAAGAUGGACCUGUGACUAGUGUGAGAUGGGCUCCUGAUGGACGACAUAUUGCUGUUGGAUUAAACAAUUCUGAUGUCCAGCUCUGGGAUUCUACUUCUGAAAGAAAGCUGAGAACUUUAAAAGGUAUACAUCAGAUGCGUGUUGGUUCUCUUGACUGGAACAAUCACAUUUUGACUACUGGAGGAAUGGAUGGCCAGAUAAAUAACAAUGAUGUGAGAGUGAGAUCACAUUUGAUUGGGACUUACAGAGGACAUCAUCAAGAAGUUUGUGGUCUAAAAUGGUCGGAUUCUGGUCAGCAGUUAGCUAGUGGUGGAAAUGACAACCUAGUUCACAUAUGGGAUAGAUCUUCCUGUAAUUCACAAACAGCACAAUGGCUUCAUCGGCUUGAAAACCAUACAGCUGCUGUGAAAGCUCUGGCUUGGUGCCCCUUCCAAGCCAACUUGCUUGCAUCAGGUGGUGGUGGAGGGGAUCAGUGCGUCAAAUUCUGGAACACCCACACUGGUGCCUUGUUGAACUCGAUCGACACAGGUUCACAGGUUUGUGCACUUCUGUGGAACAAGAAUGAGCGAGAACUGCUUAGUGCUCACGGCUUUUCUCAGAAUCAGCUGACUCUCUGGAAAUAUCCUGCAAUGAGCAAGCUAGCAAAACUUAGGGGCCAUACUUCUCGAGUUCUUUUCAUGGCUCAGAGUCCUGAUGGCUGCACGGUUGCAUCCGCAGCAGGUGAUGAAACUCUGAGAUUCUGGAAUGUGUUUGGAACUCCAGCAACAACAAAACCUGCACAGAAAAAGACUCCAGAACCUUUUGCUCACUUCAGCCGAAUUCGCUGAGUAUAACUUAGAUUGCAGACGGCUUGGGGCAGUGGAAUUAUACUCCUCAUGGCCAACACACAAGGUGGAUUUUGCAUAGAAGGAGCAGAACCCUCAUGCUGUAAGAGAUGUGCUGCAUUACUCGUUGAAAGACUUCAAACUAAUAUUUGGGAUGCGCUUUCAGUUGUUUCAUAAUGUCGUUAAGUCUGAAUGUGGUAGUUGUUGUGGAAGAUGUAAGGAAGUUAGCCUAAAACCAUUGAGAGAGACAUGUUUUUUGAGUUAACAGGUUACAUAUUCUACAGCUGACUCUGUGUUUUACCUCCUUAUUGUCUAGUAAAGAUGUAGAAAUUUACUUCCAAUGUGUGUUUUAAUUAGUUAGUUGUAUUGGCCACAAUCGAGAUUGGGUCUAUAAUCUAUAUCAGUAGAAUUAAUUAAUGCAAAGUAAUAUCACAGAGACAGUAAUAGAUUUUCUUUCCUCUAAUUCUCU